AGAGUCUGAAUAGAACUUCAGACCAUGGCAGCACGCUGGAGAAGAAUCCUGAUAAUAUUUGUGGCAGCUCAAGUACUGUUUGUGGUAAAUACCUUUGAGGAAGAGGAUGUACCUGAAGAAUGGAUUCUUCUUCAUGUUGUUCAAGGGCAGAUUGGAGCAGGAAACUACAGCUAUUUGAGACUAAAUCAUGAGGGAAAGAUAGUCCUUCAGAUGCGGAGUUUAAAAGGUGAUGCAGACUUGUACGUAUCUGAUAUGACGCUUCACCCCAGCUUUGACGAGUACGAGUUACAGUCUGUGACUUGUGGCCAAGAUGUCGUCCACGUGCCCGCACACUUCCGCCGCCCCGUGGGAAUCGGGAUUUACGGUCACCCCUCCCACCUGGAGAGCGAGUUUGAAAUGAAGGUCUACUACGAUCGGACAGUUGUACAGUAUCCGUUUGGCGAGGCUUCUUACAACCCCGAGGAGAUGGAGGCGAACCAGAAAUACUCACAGUCUACAGAAGAUGAAUCUCAGGAUGAGGAGUCUGUUUUCUGGACUAUACUUAUCGGAAUCUUGAAAUUAAUACUUGAAAUUCUUUUUUAAAUUGAUACACACUGGACUAAGUCACACUUCAGCCUGUGAAAUUGAACACGAAUGACUUGCCGUAAUAUUUAAUACUCUUUGUUAUGUUUUCUGAAGAGAUAUUCAGGUUAGAUUUCCUAAACCAGAAAGGAAGUGGGGGGAAAAAGCCAUAUUUAAUUUUAUAUUGUAAAUCCUCCCCUACGUGUAAAAUGAGUGGCGAGAACAGUAUUCGCAGUGUUCUUCAGAGAUCAGGGGUUAA